CCCCAGUCUGUUACUGUGAGCACUUAAAGCUGCUUUACACCAUUUGACUUGAAUAGUGCACCGUGUUCACAGUUGGGUUACAACUUAAUACGACACGUUUGUCAUUUGGAAUUAAAAUACGUUUUGAAUGCGGAUACUUCAGAUGAAACGGACUGGAUAUUGCCACCUUCUCCUUCAGAAUGAUUUAAAUAGUACUAUAAUAAUAUAAAACGAAAGCUGUAUUCUUUUUAAACUAGGGGAAAGCAUUUUAGUGAACUGUAACAUUUGACAGUAGAUGCAUCUUCUCACCCUGGACUAAAUCGAAUUAUAUGGCACGUAUGUGAAAGGCCACAAUGUCUAAGACAAAGAAAUCAGAGUCCAGGUCUCGCUCUCAAUCGGCCUCCAGAUCAAGAUGCCAUUCUGAUUCCCGCUCUCGCUCCAGAUCACGAAGCAGCCCUAGACCUAGAUCAAGGAAGCGCAGAUACGGGUCUCGCUCUCGGUCAAGAUCCCAUUCUCCGUCCCACAACCGGGAGCGGAACCACACGCGGGAGUACCAGAACCAACGGGAGUUUCGAGGCAACCAUAGAGGCUUCCGAAGGCCAUAUUACUUCCGGGGCAGAGGUCAGGGCUUUUUCCGUGGUCGCUUUCAGCGUGGUGGAAGGGGUGGAUAUAAUAACUACCACCCCAAAAAUUGGCAGAACUUCCGACAGCACCAUCAGCAGCAGCAGCAGCAGCAGCAGCAGCAGCAGCAGCAAUACCACUCCAACAGCCCCAAGAGGGGCCACUCGCGUUCACGCUCUCCCAAGAAGCAGUCAAAAAGCCCGCAGUCCCGCAGCCAUUCCCGCCGCUCUGACAGGUCGUCCUCAGGGAGAUCACCUCAGUCGCACCAUUCUUCCUCCUCCAACUCUGGGUCUGCCAAACACAGUUGCAAAGAUCUAAGAGAGGACAUCUCUGUGCCUGAAGAAACCCGAGGAGGAGGAGAUGGGACUCUGGCAGAGCAGGUGGGAGGCUCUCCUGCGGCUGAAGGGAACUCUGAUGGAGACAGGACUGUGGAGGAUUGUCAGGUUUUAACAAACCGUGAUACUAGUCCUAAAAGGGCAAGUCCGCAGGUUUUCUCCACUGUCACUAAUGACCAAGUGAUUGUCCCUGCAACCAACGAGACAAGUCCUGCUCAGAUUGCUCCUAAUAAAGGUGCCACCACCUGGCAGAAUGUUGAAACUGCACCUUCAAACACCAGCCCCAUAAAGAAAAGCUUUACACCAGCUUUCAAUGGUUUUGAGCUCUUUUCAAAUAUUGACCAACAGACAAAUGAAACGACUGCUAUGUCCACUGCAUUUGCAUUAUUGAAAUUCCUGGAGGAGCAAAAGCUUAAAAAACAGGCUUCUGCAUGGGACAACAACACACAUAAAGGGAAAAGUAAUGGAGAUAUAGUAUGUGAUCAAGAAAAUGGAGAAAUUAUUGAAAAGGGCAUUGAGCUGUCUCGCACUGUAGAUUACGACAUGGCAGGAGAGGAGAAAUCCAAAUCUGCCAAGAGUUUUGAUGGUAACAAGUUAUCCAUAAGCUCCACUAAAAGGGGUUCACGAAACAGACUGACAUUUCAGUGCGAGGAUGUUGAGGACGAUGAUGAAGAAAUUGAGAUCUCUAAUAGGGUGAGGGAUAUGGAAAACGAUCCCUGCAAAAGCAAAGUGACGCUGUCUGCUCGUGAGAUGUUUGAGAAGCAUAUCAGGAGAAUGCGGGACAUGGCAUGGGAUGAUGAGCUGGAAGCUCUCCUGCUCUGCCAUAAACAGGAAAGAGCAGCCAAUAUUCUAGCUGCUCUCUCUAAGAGAGACCAGUUCAGUGGCAUGUUUAAGGAUCCCUCACCUGAAAAGCUCUCUAAUGUUAACCGAAAGGAGAAAUCCUCUUCUAAACCCACUCUGCUGCCCAGGAGGAGCUCUGAGAACCGUGAGCAAGAGAUGUUUGUGGUUAUGAAUGAGGAAUCCCCGCCAAGAGCUUCAAUGAAAAGAAGUGAAUUCAGUGUGAGGAUGGAUUCUCUGAGGACACCUGUUUUGACCAAUGAAAGAAGGAAUCUUCUGGAUUUUCUGCAUCUUAAUAAGAAGGAUUGGGAGUUUCAGUCUGUCCUUCAGCAUCUUCAGGCUCAGCUUUCACCCAAAAGUCCAUCUGAGCUGUUUGCCCAACACAUAGUUUCAAUUGUCCAUCACAUUAAAGCUCAAUAUUUUCCUUCCUCUGGAUUGACCCUAAAUGACCGAUUUGCCAUGUACCAGAGGAGAGCUGCUGAGAAAGAAUUCAUGAAGCAGAGAAAGAGUCCAGAGAUACACAGGAGAAUUGAUGUUUCUCCCAGUGCUUUUAAGAGGCACUCUCUUCUGUUUGAUGAGAUGAAAAGCUCCAUGGAAAACAGCUUCAAGGUCGAUGGUAAAAAAUCUAAAGGUGAUUCAAUGGACCUUCGGCUGGAUAUUGAGUGCAGAAAGAAAUACUUGAGUGGAGAGAGAGAGGAAGAGUAUGGAGGAAGAGUAUCGAGGAAAUCUCCAGAUUCAAACAAGGAAAUAUCCACUGAGAAAAUCUCGAAGAACCACAAAAAAUCAAAGAAAAGCAAGAAAAAACGGAAGCAUUCUGAGUCAUCAUCCUCAUCGUUUUCCUCUGUUUACCAUGAAGAAGAGGCUGAGAUCAAGGCAGAAGGCUUCUCCAAAGUCCAACAGGAGCUUAGAGAGUAUGGAGAACCUGCAGAGAGAAGAUGGACACGAGGAGGCUUUCUUAGAAGACGUGGUAGAAACUGGAACCGAGGAAAUUUCCAUGGAAGCAGUAAUGGUGAUUCACAGAUGAACAUGCCAGAAAAGGAUGAUGAUUGGGAUCAAGAAUACACCCCCAAGAGCAAGAAAUACUUCUUACAGAGUGAAAGAGAUUGUGAAGCUGAGAAGAAGAUGAUUGACACGCGAGUGCGUGGUCGUGGUCGCGGUAAUGCUGUUCGUGGAAAGGGACGUUUUAUCCUCCGGAGGGCCACAAAUACCAACACCACCAAUAAUACGAGCCCUAAAUGGGCCCAUGAUAAAUUCCAGGCCACUGAUGAUGAUGAAGGCGAACAGCAAAGAGAAGAUGUAGAACAGGACCAGUGAGAACGGAGCAGUAAAAAUUUUAUAAUCCCUUAUCAUACUUUAAACCCUGGGAUAAGACUUGCUGGCCUUCACAUUCUCAAGAAUGGAUAUAAUAUCAGCAUCCUUAUGCAUCUAAAACUUUUUGAUAUGAAAGGGCUUUUUUUAUUGUAGUUUUCAUUUUAUAUUUUCAUGAGGAUGCUUUUGUCAGCCUGGUGGCAAAUUUUUUCAUUUUGUUUUAUUUUUUGU